CUUUCCUCAGAAAAAAAGAUUUGUAUAAAAAAGGUGUACUCUAUUAGCUGAGGAGCUAGCUAGGAAAAUAGACAGAUAAGAUACCUCUUCUUCUUUCUGUGUGGUCCUUAAUCCGUUAAGCGACCUAGGGUUUUAAUUUGUCCGUUGGAAAUUACAAAAUCUUCAGAUUUAAAAAUGUUCCCUUCCACUAAUUACACCUCCUCAUGUUCUCACCCUUGUUUCCCUUCUGCUGCUGCUUCACCAUACCCUCCUUUUACUUUCCUUAACCCUGAAAAUUCUUCUGCAAGCAACACCUUUCUUCAUGACCCACUUUCUAUUACCUACAUACCCACUCAUUACCAUGUUCCAGUCACUGAAACACUAACCAAUUGGGCAGUUGCAGAUUGUGCUGCUGCAGCAAUGCUCAAUCAAGAUUUCAAUGCUUCACUUUAUGGCCUUACCAAGAAACCAACGAAGAAAUCAACCAAGAAAGACAGGCACAGCAAGAUUCACACUUCUCAGGGUUUGAGGGACCGAAGGGUAAGGUUGUCCAUAGAGAUCGCACGCAAGUUCUUUGAUCUUCAAGACAUGUUAGGGUUUGAUAAAGCCAGCAACACCCUUGACUGGCUCUUCACCAAGUCCAAGAAAGCGAUUAAGGAGCUAACUAGAAGCAAGCACAGCGUUGACAGCUUCUCUUCAUCUUCGGAGGCUGAAGUGGUUUCAAUGAUUCACCAAGACCUACAACAACAACAACAACGGGUAGAUUUGAAAGAGAUGAAGUUGAAAGGGGCAGAGAAAGAACCUGCUUGCGUUAAGACAAAGAUGAAGGAAUCUAGGGAAAAGGCAAGGGCAAGAGCUAGGGAAAGGGCUAGUAGCAAGAUAUUGUGCAACAUAACAGGUUCGAAGAAAGUGCAAGACAUGAAGAAAAAGUGCCCUGAAACUGAAAAUCCUCAAAUCCUGCACCAAUUGAGGUCACCCCUUCGACCACAUCCUCAAAUUGUGAUUGUGGGCAGUGAAGAACCAAGAGGUAAUGAUUUCAACGUUUUUGAGGAAUCCAUUGUGAUCAAGAGAAAGUUGAAGCAAUCUUUGAUGUCUUCCACUCACCAAAACGUUGUGAUCCCUAAGGACGCAGGUGUAAACAACAGUGACUACAACUCCAUUCCCAAUUUGUCUCCAAAUUGGGAAGCUAAUAAUGGUGCUACUGGACGCUCCAAAUUUUGUGCAAUAGCCAGCAUGAAUCUAUCUACAGGGCUCCAAAUCUUUGGAAAAUCUUGGGAUGAGUGCAACAAUCCUCAUCUAUGCUAAUAUGUUAGUUUUCAAUAUCUGUUGAUCCGAAUCUACUGCUUUGCAAAGGAAUCAUGGAGGCAUCUUUCUAUGUUUUUCCACCUGCAACUUUUUCUGUCCUAUAUAUAUUUCCUUUUGACAAUGUCUGUUCUAAAUCUUUUUGCUCUUUCAACCAAGGGCAAGGGGACAGUUGGCACAAUGGAUGCAGCGUGUGUGAAUUCUGACCAAUAUUUUAAGUGUGGCUGAUAUAUUAUUAUAUAAAAGAACUAUAUGUAUCAGGAACCGU